AGUUAACUCUGAUCUGCCGCAUCGAAUCAUUGUGGAGGGAUGACCACAUCAGCGGGUUAUAAACCACGAUGCUUCCUAGACAUCGAGAUCGAUGGAAAGUCCGAAGGAAGAAUUGUGUUCGAGUUAUUUGCUGAUGUUUGCCCCAAAACUUGUGAAAAUUUCCGAUCAUUAUGCACAGGAGAGAAAGGAGUUGGACAGAAGUCUGAGGUACCUCUGCACUACAAGGGAGCCCCGGUCCAUCGUGUGGUGAAGGACUUUAUGAUACAAUCAGGCGAUUUCACCAGAGGUGAUGGAACCGGGGGAGAGUCUAUAUAUGGAGGGAUGUUCCCAGAUGAGAAUUUUGUGUUGAAACAUGACAAAGAAUUCCUUCUGUCCAUGGCAAAUCGUGGUAAAGACACAAAUGGCUCCCAAUUUUUUAUAACAACGAAACCUGCACCACAUCUUGAUAACAAGCAUACAGUCUUUGGACAUGUGAUCUUUGGUCAAGAGGUGGUCACAAAGAUAGAGAACUUAGAGACGGAUGAAAAAAGUCGUCCAAAAGUGGAUGUGAAAAUUGCCAACUGUGGAGAAUUAGUUCUUCAAGUAAAAGCCAAAGCUAAAAAGAGAAAGAAACACUCGGAGUCGGAAGCCAAGAGUUCUGGUGAUUCAGAUGAGUCAUCUUCAGAAAUGGAGAAAACGAAGAAGAAAAAGAAGAAACACAAAAAAGAAUCCAAAAAGAAGAAGCACAAGAAAAGAAAAAAAGAGGAGGAAAGGGGUUCCUGA